UUGAAGAGAGAAAGAAAUGGAUAUGUCUGACCCCAAUUUUUGGACUGUGCUCUCAAACUUUACUUUGCCUCAUUUGAGGAGUGGGAACAGGCUUCGACGAACACAAAGUUGCCGAACAAGCAACCGGAAAAGCUUGAUAGGCAAUGGGCAGUCACCAGCGUUGCCUCGACCGCACUCACCUCUCUCUGCUCAUGCAGGAAAUAGCCCUCAAGAUAGUCCAAGAAAUUUCUCCCCCAGUGCCUCAGCCCAUUUUUCAUUUGCACGGAGGACGGAUGGACGCCGCUGGUCACUGGCCUCUCUCCCCUCCUCUGGCUAUGGGACAAACACACCCAGCUCUACAGUCUCUUCAUCCUGUUCCUCCCAGGAGAAGUUGCAUCAGUUACCAUAUCAACCAACGCCAGAUGAAUUACACUUCUUAUCGAAACAUUUUUGUACCACCGAAAGCAUCGCCACUGAGAACAGAUGCAGGAACACACCCAUGCGCCCCCGUUCCCGAAGUCUGAGCCCUGGACGUUCUCCCGCCUGCUGUGACCAUGAAAUAAUUAUGAUGAACCAUGUCUACAAAGAAAGGUUCCCAAAGGCUACAGCUCAGAUGGAAGAACGUCUAAAAGAAAUUAUCACCAGCUACUCUCCUGACAACGUUCUUCCCCUAGCAGAUGGAGUGCUUAGUUUCACUCACCAUCAGAUUAUUGAACUGGCUCGAGAUUGCUUGGAUAAAUCCCACCAGGGUCUCAUCACCUCACGAUACUUCCUUGAAUUACAGCACAAAUUAGAUAAAUUGCUACAGGAGGAAUUUGAUCCUGAAGAAUUUUACUACCUAUUGGAAGCAGCAGAAGGCCAUGCAAAAGAAGGACAGGGUAUUAAAACUGACAUUCCCAGGUACAUCAUUAGCCAACUGGGACUCAAUAAGGAUCCUUUGGAAGAAAGUGGAGAGCUGGCAUUUAUUAAACAACUAGUCCGAAAGAUCCUAAUUGUUAUUGCCCGCCCUGCUCGGUUAUUAGAGUGCCUGAGCUCUAAUGCUUCCCUGAAACUUCGAAGGAAACCUCGGGAAAGUGAUUUUGAAACGAUUAAAUUGAUCAGCAAUGGAGCCUAUGGGGCAGUCUACUUUGUUCGGCAUAAGGAAUCCCGGCAGAGGUUUGCCAUGAAGAAGAUUAAUAAGCAGAACCUCAUCCUAAGAAACCAGAUCCAGCAGGCUUUUGUGGAACGGGAUAUCCUGACUUUUGCAGAAAACCCCUUUGUCGUCAGCAUGUAUUGCUCCUUUGAAACAAGGCGCCAUUUGUGCAUGGUCAUGGAAUAUGUGGAAGGAGGAGAUUGUGCUACCUUAAUGAAAAACAUGGGUCCUCUCCCUGUGGAUAUGGCCAGGAUGUACUUUGCUGAGACAGUCUUGGCCUUGGAAUAUCUGCAUAAUUAUGGAAUUGUACACAGGGAUUUGAAACCAGACAACUUGUUGGUCACCUCCAUGGGGCACAUAAAGCUGACAGAUUUUGGACUAUCUAAAGUGGGACUAAUGAGCAUGACUACCAAUCUUUAUGAGGGUCAUAUUGAGAAGGAUGCUCGUGAGUUCCUGGAUAAACAGGUCUGUGGCACACCUGAAUACAUUGCACCAGAAGUGAUUCUGAGGCAGGGCUACGGGAAGCCGGUGGACUGGUGGGCCAUGGGGAUCAUCCUCUAUGAAUUUCUGGUUGGAUGCGUGCCAUUCUUUGGGGACACUCCAGAAGAGCUAUUUGGACAAGUCAUCAGUGAUGAGAUCAACUGGCCUGAAAAGGAUGAGGCCCCCCCACCAGACGCCCAGGAUCUGAUUACCUUGCUUCUCAGGCAGAAUCCCUUGGAGAGGCUGGGAACAGGUGGUGCAUAUGAAGUCAAACAGCAUCGGUUCUUCCGUUCGUUAGACUGGAACAGUUUGCUGAGACAGAAGGCAGAAUUCAUUCCCCAACUGGAAUCUGAGGAUGACACCAGUUAUUUUGAUACGCGGUCAGAGAAGUAUCAUCAUAUGGAAACGGAGGAAGAAGAUGACACAAACGAUGAAGACUUUAAUGUGGAAAUAAGGCAGUUUUCUUCUUGUUCACAUAGAUUUUCAAAAGUUUUCAGCAGUAUAGAUCGAAUAACUCAGAAUUCAGGAGAAGAAAAGGAAGACUCAGGAGACAAAACCAAAAGCACAACCUUGCCAUCCACGGAAACAUUAAGCUGGAGUUCAGAAUACUCUGAAAUGCAACAGUUGUCAACCUCCAACUCUUCAGACACUGAAAGCAACAGACGUAAACUCAGCUCUGGCCUGCUUCCCAAACUGGCUAUUUCAACAGAGAGAGAACAAGAUGAAGCUGCCCCCUGCCCUGGAGACCCCCGUGAGGAGCCGGAAAAGCCAGCCCUUCCUCCUGAAGAGUGUGUGCAGGAGGAGGCUGAGGUCACCACCCCCGCCAGCACCAUCAGCAGCUCCACCCUGUCAGUUGGCAGUUUUUCAGAGCACUUGGAUCAGAUAAAUGGACGGAGCGAGUGUGUGGACAGUACAGAUAAUUCCUCAAAGCCAUCCAGUGACCCCGCCUCUCACAUGGCUCGACAGCGAUUAGAAAGCACAGAAAAAAAGAAACUCUCGGGGAAAGUCACAAAGUCCCUCUCUGCCAGUGCUCUGUCCCUCGUGAUCCCAGGAGAUAUGUUUGCUGUCUCCCCACUGGGAAGUCCAAUGUCUCCCCAUUCCCUGUCCUCGGACCCUUCUUCUUCGCGGGAUUCCUCUCCCAGCCGAGACUCUUCCGCAGCUUCUGCCAGUCCUCAUCAGCCCAUCGUGAUCCACAGUUCAGGGAAGAACUAUGGCUUCACCAUCAGAGCCAUCCGGGUAUACGUGGGAGACAGUGACAUCUAUACAGUGCACCAUAUCGUUUGGAAUGUAGAAGAAGGAAGUCCAGCGUGCCAGGCAGGACUGAAGGCUGGGGAUCUGAUCACGCACAUCAAUGGAGAACCGGUGCACGGACUCGUCCACACAGAAGUUAUAGAGCUCCUGCUAAAGAGUGGAAAUAAGGUGUCAAUCACUACUACUCCUUUUGAAAACACGUCAAUCAAAACAGGACCAGCCAGGAGAAAUAGCUAUAAGAGCCGGAUGGUGAGGCGGAGCAAGAAAUCUAAGAAGAAAGAAAGUCUAGAAAGGAGGAGAUCUCUUUUCAAAAAGCUAGCCAAGCAGCCUUCUCCGUUACUCCACACCAGCCGGAGUUUCUCCUGCUUGAACCGAUCGCUGUCGUCAGGAGAGAGCCUGCCAGGGUCCCCCACGCACAGUGUGUCUCCCAGGUCUCCCACGCCAAGCUAUCGCUCCCCGUCCGACUUCCCAUCUGGUACUAAUUCCUCCCAGAGCAGCUCCCCAAGUUCAAGUGCUCCCAAUUCCCCAGCGGGGUCAGGGCACAUCCGGCCCAGCACCCUCCACGGUCUGGCCCCCAAACUCGGAGGGCAGCGGUACCGCUCCGGAAGGCGUAAGUCGGCUGGCAACAUCCCGCUCUCCCCGCUGGCCCGGACACCCUCUCCAACCCCCCAGCCCACCUCUCCUCAGCGGUCCCCAUCCCCUCUUUUGGGACACUCCCUCGGCAAUUCCAAGAUCACACAAGCCUUUCCCAGCAAGAUGCACUCCCCUCCCACCAUCGUCAGACAUGUCGUGAGGCCCAAGAGCGCAGAGCCCCCGAGGUCCCCCCUGCUCAAGCGCGUGCAGUCCGAGGAGAAGCUGUCGCCCUCCUACAGCAGCGACAAGAAGCACCUGUGCUCCCGCAAGCACAGCCUGGAGGUGACCCAGGAGGAGGUGCAGCGGGAGCAGUCCCAGAGGGAGGCCACGCUGCAGAGCCUGGAGGAGAACGUGUGUGACCCGCCGCCCCUGAGCCGCGCCCGGCCGGUGGAGCAAGGCUGCCUGAAACGCCCGGUCUCCCGGAAGCUGGGCCGGCAGGAGUCUGUGGAUGAGCUGGACCGGGACAAGAUGAAGGCCAAGGUGGUGGUGAAGAAACCGGAUGGAUUCCCCGACAAACAAGAAUCCCACCAGAAAUCCCAUGGACUUGGGAGUGAUUUGGAAAACCUUGCUAUCUUUAAGCUAGAAGAGAGAGAAAAGAAAAUCUAUCCGAAGGCUUUAGAAAGGUCACAUCAUUUUGAAAACAAGGCGGCCAUGCAGGAAGCGCAGUCUCUGGGCAGUCUGCUGAAGGACGCGCUGCACAAGCAGGCCAGCGUGCGCGCCAGCGAGGGCGCGGCGGCGGACAGCGCGGUGGGCGGCUCUGGCCUGGCACACGGGGAGCACAGCCAGGGCGCCGGGGACUUCAAACGGGCCCCUGCUCCUGGCACCCUCCAGGAUGGUCUCUGUCACUGUGUCGACAGGUCCCCCUCCGGGAAAGGGGAAAACACGGAGAAGGCCAAGGAACUUCUCCGAUGUGAGAAGUUAGACAGCAAGCUGGCCAAUAUCGAUUACCUCCGAAGGAAGAUGUCACUUGAAGACAAAGAUGACAGCCUUUGCCCUGUGGUGAAGCCCAAGAUGACAGCUAGUUCCCACGAAUGCCUGCCAGGGAACUCCGUCCGGCCCACGGGUGGGCAGCAGGAGCCCCCUCCAGCCUCUGAGAGCCGAGCCUUUAUCAGCAGCACCCACGCAGCCCAGAUCAGUGCUGUCUCUUUUGUUCCCCUCAAGGGCUUAGCUGGCCGGGUGGACGGCGGAGCGGAGAAGCCAGGCUUGGUUGCCCCUGAGUCCCCUGUCAGGAAAAGCCCCUCCGAGUACAAGCUGGAAGGCAGGUCUGUUUCAUGCCUGAAGCCAAUUGAGGGCACUUUGGACAUUGCUCUCCUGUCUGGACCUCAGGCCUCCAAGACAGAGCUGCCUUCACCAGAGCCUGCACAGAGUCCCAGCCCAGGUGGUGACGUGGGGCCUUCUGUGCCACCAGCUCUCCCUGGCAGCAGCAAGAAAAAGGGAGAAACUACUAAUCCAAGAGAGCCUUCUCCUGCCAGCUUAAAGAUGAAUAAAUCCCAUCUGCUCGAGUCUCGGUUUCUGCCCCCAAGCCGGGGUCUCCAGAAUUCCCCAGCAGCUCCUCUGCCUGACCCAGAAGUAAAGCGGGACAAAGUUUCCCAUCCUGCUGCCAGGAGCCCGGUGACAGUCGUGGGAAAUGAUCCCCAAUGGAGAGAGAGUGGCCCGCCCAAACACCAAGACCACACCACCGACACCAAGCUCCUCCCCUGCCCAGGGCAGAGCCUCCACGGUGCUGGCCCGGCCAGGCCACGUGGCCCACUCCCACCCGAAGGUACCUCUUCCAGGGAGAAGCCAGGCCUGAGGGAAUCAUCUGAAAGGGGCCCUUCCACAGCCAGAAGCGAGUGGUCUGCUGCAAGGGCUGAUGUAUGCAGAGGCCCCUCCCUGGAGCCAUACCUGCCGGAAACUGCUAAAAGCAGUGACAACUCCAGAAAUCUCCCCUCUGUGGGAAGGACCCACCCAGAUUUCUCCAUGCAGCCCCAGGCCGUGGAGAAAGCAUGGGGGCCUUGUGGGAAAACAAGCCACAGAGAUGGCCAGGAUGAGGUGAGGCUCCUGGCCAGAGAGGAUUCUUUGCAGUCAGCUGGGCUUCCUUGUGAGAAGCAGCUGGGCAAAGGGAGAAGCGGCACAGAACCCAAGCCUGAAGCCCCUCCUACCAGGCCAUCUCUGCAGCCACCUGGAGUUGACAGUGGGAAAAGCGAAAAGGUCUCCAGUUUCUCAUCUUUGCAGAAAGAUGGUCCCAAGGACCCCGAAAGGAAAGAACCGCCUCUGCAAAGGCAUCUCAGCAGUAACCCUCAGCAACCCCUGACCACCAAAGAACUGCCCAGCUUGGCCUCCUGGCAGCACUGCAGUUCGCCAAGCCAUGCUUCCAGCAGAGAGCUGGGGACCAAGCCCAGUGCUUCAGAACCCAGCCCAGGCCCCCCAGACCCUCCCAAGCCUGCUGCUUUGCCCAGUGAAAGCAGCAGCCACAAGCCCCGGCUGGGCCCUGACCCAGGGCCUCCCAAGUCUAAGCAUGCAGACAAGUCUCUCUCCUCACAGAAACCAAGCAUCGGGGCUGCGAAGGGCAAAGAACCUGUCACUCAGCCGCUCGGUGGCUCUAGCCGAGAGGGGAAGGGCAGCGGUAAGGGUGAGUUGGAUGUGUUCCCUGCCAUCCCAGGCUCCCCGAACAAAGCUAGUGAUGCGAUUGGCCAGGGAGAAAGUAGGCCCUCUGUCGCACUGCACACUGAAAGGGGUCCUCCAGACACCGCGCCGAAACCCACCAGUGGUGGGCGGCCGCCGGAGAUGCCGGAGAAGCCCGCACAUUUGCCGAGGCAAGGACCCCCAGGGAUUAGCGAGUCAGUGGAGCAGAAACUUUCCACUGUCAGUGAAACACAAAAUCUAUCUCCAAAGCACCCCAAACCAUCCACUGUGAAAGAUUGCCUCCCUUUGUGCAGACAGACAGACAAAAGCCCAAGUCAGGAGGCCACCGCCACUGACAGGAAGUCUGAAGGGAAGAAAUGCACAGAAGCACUUUAUGGCCCAGCAGACAGCGAGAAGCUCGAGGCCAGCCCUUGCCGCGUGCACGGGGAGACCUGGCUGCAAGGCGCCGAGAGGCCGGCCGCAGCGGUGGGGAAGGGCUUCCCAGAGGCCACAGGGAAAGGGCUCGGUCCCCAGAAACCAUUGGCUGAGGCAGGCAAGCCCAGCAGCAUGAAACGGUCACCCUCGGCCACGGGGCAGAGUUCUUUGCGAUCAGCUGCUCUCCUGGAAAAGUCUCUGAGCUAUUCCUCCAGCUUUCCUGAAGCCAGGCCAGCAGUUCGAGAGGCCCUCACAACCAACGGCGACACCUCUUCUGCCAAGGCCAAUGGGGGCACAGUUGAGCCCCCAGCCCCCAGCAAUAGGGACCAUAGGAAGUGUCAGUUGGCGGGUGAUGGCAGAACCCAAAUGACAAAGAGUGACUCUUUGCCAUCCUUCCGGAUCUCCAGCACCACUCCGGAGUCACACCACCCUGACCCAAACGUGCCCGGCGGAGCCAGCCACCGGGACAGGGCGCUCUCUGUAACUGCCUCCGCAGGAGAAACCAAAGGGAAGGAGCCUCCCCCGGCUAGGAAACAGAAUGCGGGCAGAGAAGUGACCAAGCCCUUGCCAGCCCCAAACACUGACCGCCCCAUCGCCCUUUCUUCUGAGAAGGACUUUGUGGUACGGCAGAGGCGGGGGAAAGAGAGUUUGCGCAGCAGCCCUCACAAAAAGGCCUCGUAACGGGGCAGGCCCUGGGGCUGGACUGUGGGGACCCGGCCUGAAUGCGCGACUGUGUCUUGACUACCUUUCGAAACCAGCACUGUGUGGGGACGUCCGCCAGGCAGAGCGCGGAGCCUCAUUGAGGAAGGAGAGAGAGAGACGGAAAGAGGGGACCUUCUUCCAGAUGCCUUCCCAGUUGUAACCAGUAAAACUGUUACCAGAUAGUGUUUGUAC